UCUUAUAGUAAUCUUUUCUUUUAUUCAGGAAACAUAUUUUAUUAGUAUUUCAAAACAAAAACCCAAAGGUAUUUUAUACCAAAAAUACCAUAACACCGUCUCCAAAUUACGAAAAUAUAAUCUUUAGGAUCAUUCUACCUCAUCGUCAUCACGGUUAACAUCAACACAUAACGAUAAAACUGCUCUAUUAUCUGCACCACCAAAGGAAAUUGAACCAGCUUUGUUAACAAUAAAAAAUUGGCUGCAUUUCAAUGUCGAACCCUUUAAUGAAGUUUGUGAAAAAUGGCAAGAAACCGUAGAAUAUCGUAAAACAUUCUUAAGUUCAAGUGAAAUUACCAUAACGGAUAUUUUAGAACAGUGGCCUUUAUAUAAACAGUCAUUUGGACAUCAAUUGGUAAUACACUUAUCACUAACAUUAUUUUAUUCCUAUUAACUAGUGGCAUAACAAUAAAUAAGGAUAACAAUUUUUCAGAUUGAUAUUGAUUUUGAUUAUAUGUAUCCUGGAAAAUGUAAUAUUCUUUUUGAUGGGUGGACAGACUUUUUGGUUAAAAUAGAACCUUUAAUGAAGAACAAUAUUAAAGAUAGCUACAGUAAACAAUUACUACAGUUGUUAUCUGAAAAUGAUGUUGACUUAGAUUCUAAAAAUGUUCUAAUAUUAGUUCUUCUAAAUGCCCUUCUUGUUCCAACUUCAAAGUCUCAUCAAAUUGACAAGAUAACGGGAAGAAGACGUCUUGCCAAAACAUCAAUAGUGGAUGCUCAAAAAUCAUUCUUGUUACAUUCACACAAUAUUAAUGAUUUGUAUAAUCAAAUUCAAAAAGAAAUUGACAACUGCUACAGUUUAAAGAAAACCUUGCAACCAAUAGUUUGUAUUGUAGGAAAUGAUUAUGUAAGCAUAAAAGAAUUUUAUGUAUAUUAUUUUAACACUUAUUACAAAUUUACUAAUAUUGUUAAAGCCAUAGAUACAUGCUUUAAAAUUAUACAUGUGUUUAAUUUAAAGUACCAAUUGCAGUGUGAGUUAGUGUGGACAUUUAUUCAAAAAUAUAUCUAUAAAAUUGACUUAAACACUGAUAUAAAAAAUGCUCCUUUAAUGUCUCUAAUUUCAGAUAUGAGAGAUUAA